AUGAGUGAAUACCGCGACCGUAUGCCUUAUUGGGGCACAAGGUGGGGGUCACCCAAGUUAGCUACCCCCGAAUCGGCCCAAGGCGUAGCAGGCACCUUUGACCCCCGCGAACAGGUAUCUCCACCACAUCCCGACCGCCAACGGCGUAACUCGCACCCAACUGUUGGUCAAGAUCAGAACUUACUUCUUCGUCGACAGUACUCUAAGCCAGCAGGUGCUGACGCGGUCCUCAAUAAUGAACUGCUGACACUUCCGCCUUUCAACACGGUUGACUACGACACCAAUUUACCUUUUGCACCUUUGACUUCUCUUCCAAACAACCACACUCCUUACAAUGAUAUGAACGCGACCCUGCCUCCAUUGAAUCUCUUCACCCCCGCAGAACUGGAGCACGCUUGGAAUUUCCGAGUCGCACUUUCAGGUUAUAAUUCUUCACCUGAGAUUAAAACAACGGCACUCACUCAAUCGCCGUCCUUCGCGUCCCCAUACGAGCUGCAGCCAGUAUUGCCUGACCUUAUGGGUGAUACUGCCGAGUUCGACCUGUCGGGUAGUUUUCUUUUCUCGACAACUCCCCCCGCGCCACCUGCGACCUUGUCACCGCUGGCCAAUGGCUUGUUUGAUUUGGCUUUGGACGACGAUCCUGCUCCAUUUUCCUGUGAUCAACAAUCUUCUUAUCUUGAAAUGCCUCGAUGGGAACCGGCACGAGCAGAACAUGAUCAUACCUAUCCAACUCCCCAAGAUGGCGGCAUUCUUUUCGGGAUGCCGGCCACUUUCCCACUGGAACGACACAUUUCUAGGCCCACUACACCGAAAGCUCGACCAGUGGACCAGUCGCAGGCCCAAGCCGUCUUCCCCAACCAAGAUCCAUUACCCGUCAUAACGCCAGAAGCCCCACCAUUCUGA